AAUGUUUAAAUUGUCAAAAAAGGUAUCGUUUGGAUAAUUUAAUUUCUGCUGAGAAACUUGCCGCCUUCUUGGCCCGAAAGGACAAAGAUAGUUUUUCCCUUACUCAAAACUGUUUAUACUGCGGCAAAAAUAAUUUUGCUAACCCACGGCGAUUUAAUUUGCUUUUAAGCAGCGAUUUGCAAAUAACUAAUCAAGAAAAAGAGAACAUUAUUUAUCUUCGACCAGAAACUUGCCAAGGAAUAUUUAUUAAUUUUGCGGCUAUUCAAAGAAGCACCCGAAAAAAAUUACCUUUUGGAGUUGGACAAAUUGGCAAAAGUUUUCGCAAUGAAAUUACUCUCCAUCAUGGUAUUUUCCGCACCCGAGAAUUCGAACAAAUGGAAUUAGAAUUUUUUU